AUGUCGUGCCUGCUGACAUCCUGUGGGGACACUGUCCAGUACAACCAGCUUCCACUGGAUGACUAUUGUGACGAUUCCACAGAACCAGUACCAAGGGAGACAACUGUUGUAACUGGUCAACUCAGCUGUAUUCAGAAAUUAAAAUGUAAUCUAUCUUGUGAAGACAGCUGUUGUAAUAAGAAAGUAGGAAAGAAUCGUGAAGCAUCUGUUAUAGGAUUGCUGGUGUCAGUAGGACUGUUGAUUAUAACUCCAGCUGUAUGUGCGGCCUUGUUUUAUUACAGUAUGUUUGUACUUCAGCCUACGCCAGUUAUAGACAAAUCCAUCCAUGCCUUCACAAUCCCAAACCAUCCUGCCUCCAUUAACUAUGAUGCAUUUCAAAGUGCAGCACAACAAAACAGUAGCAAGCAUUCCAUUCACUUUAACAGCUGUAGUAGUCUUUUUUUCCAGAAGCACAAGAGAUCUCCCAGAGAUGGAACCCAUGAUCUUAUUCCUGGUGUAUCAAAACGUUCAGCGUCUGAUUCAUUUAGCAUCAUGGCGCAUCAAUACCAUGCACAGUGGAAGAUGCAGGUUGUUUUUAUGGCUAAAGGUGAGGAGGACGACAACAUAUUUACAAAGGAAAGACUGGAGAUGAUACAUGAUAUUGAACAAAAGAUCAUAAAGCAUCCAAAUUUUUACAACUUCUGUUUUAAAGACUAUUUUAUAGCUCGUAUGGAUCCUGCUGUCCGCGCCCAGAACUCAUGCGCACCGCUAAAUUCUCUUAUGUCUUUCUUUUACCCUUCGUUGGAUGAUCACAACAGGCCUUUGUUUGACGGUCUUGGUGAGACACUUAUUAGAAACAUCAGUGAAGGCUUACGAUGGGCAUUCACAUCAGAUAAGUCCUAUUACUUUGUUGAUCCCCAUGUUAACAAAACUUUUCACAAGAGUCGCUUUUUGAGGACGGAAGUGAAGUUUGGAACACCUCUACAGGGAUAUAGGUCACCAUAUUUUGAAAUCAAGCAGCAAUCAGAAAAAUUCAAAGCAUUUGUGGUGACAUACAUCGAUCUUCUGUCCAAGUUAUCAAAUGAUAAAUUGCAGGUGCUCUAUGGGGGAACAGAGAUAUUUGACUACCAGGUAGACAGCACUUUUUGGAAGGAUGUCAAGAUGGCAUACAUUACGAUGAUUUGUAUAUGUAUCAUUAUGCUGUUGUUGACUUUCUCUGUGUGGCUCACCUUCUGGGGCGUGACCAGUAUUGUCCUGUGUUUUCCUCUCGCACUGUUCCUCUACCGGUUCGUGUUCAGGAUAUCAGCCCUGGGUAUCCUGAAUGGAGUGGCUGCCUUUGUCAUCAUAGGAAUCGGAGUGGACGAUGUAUUUGUAUUCGUGAACAUUUUCCGUCAGUCGAGUGGACAAAAGAGUGUCUCAAAGAGAAUCCGUCAUACAAUGAUAACUGCUGGCAAAGCUACCUUUUUCACAUCAUUUACCACAACUGCUGCAUUUGCUGCUAAUGUGUUCUCCUCAAUUCCUGCUGUGCACCAGUUUGGCCUGUUUAUGUCACUCAUCGUGGCCUGCUGCUGGUUUACUGUUAUGCUGAUCAUGCCAGCUGCGCUCUAUAUCUGGGCCUUAUCUAUCUACAAAUGUGAAGAAGCUGUAGCUAGACUUAUAUCUCGCCUACUCGGUCGGUCCAAGAGUACAUUGUCCGCCAAGCUGUGCCUUCCUGCUGAUAUAGCACACUUUGUCCAGGGACGUGUCCCUGACAACCUAUCUGCACUCACUCAGAUCUUUGAUCAAGACAGUCCUGUGGAAGGGUCAGACUCUCCAGAUGAGGAUGAUGUCCCUAUGCUGAUGAUGGAAGACCCUAUGCAAGAAUAUUUUGAUGCUGUUGAUAAUGAUGAAACUCUGCUGGACUUGGCAUUAGAACAAGAGAAAGAAGAUCUACUUUUCAGCAAGAUGUUACAAGGCUUUAUGUUUCACUGCAUAGCGCGCCCAAUGACUCAUAUACGCUGGGUCGUUUUAGUCCUGUCCUUGGUGAUUCUCGGUGUAUCUGUUGGCCUGAUGAUCCAACUUACUCCUGCCACACGACCUCCACAGCUUUUCCGAGCCGACACUAAUCUACAGAUGUUACUGGACCUGAAGAGUAACCUAAGUGUGGACACGAUUUCCUGUCCCCGCUGUUCAGCUAUAUACAGUAUGAAUCCUGCUUAUAACCAUGAGCACCCAGCCUAUCAUCCUUCUUUGUCCCACCCUGCGGUAACAUCCCCCACCAGACAUGUUACAAAGUCACCUCUACAGCACGUAACUAAGGGAUCCUUGACUAAACUUACUACGACUAAAGUGCCCACAACUAAAAGCCAAGAAACCCAGCCUCCAAAAGUGAAGACUAUGAAACCUACCCUUAAAACUAAAACUUCAAUGAAAACACCCACUGGAACGUCAAAACCCAUCACGCCAAAACCUCCAGUACAUCCUACAAACACUGCUUUACACUGGACUCCUGGCUCCUCCCGACCAAGUACGACCACUAAGGGUCAGGGGUCAAAAGGUGUCAGUGUCUGCCAGGGUCACGACUGCUCCAAUGCUAAGGACCGUCCCAUGCUAGAAAGUGGUGCAGUGGUGCAUGUCGUGUUUGGAAUUAAAGGCAUCGACAAAAGUAAAAUCUCUGUCAGCCAUGUACUCGAUCAAUCUCAGGGAACAGUAGAAUUUGACUCUAAAUUCAGCAAGUUCUUCUCAUUUAAACAUGACCUUAUUAAUGUGUUGGAUGGUAUAAAGACUCUCUGUCGGAUCUGUCGUCGCAUCGCCAACGAAAGUAGUCUCGUUCGUAAAGGAAGUGCUCAAUGUUUCCCAGCUAAAAUGGCAUGCCUGGAUGAGAUCCCCGAGUGUCGAGAUCUUCAGCAGACCCAGUCAGUAUAUGGUCGUCAGGCCCCCGCUCACUAUGCUGGGGGUCUCGCAGCCAAUAAUUCAGGUCUCUUGUGGUGGGCCUUUGCCUUCGAAUCGACAACUCCAAAAGGAAUUUCAUACUUUGAAGCAUACAAGCAGUAUCUGAAGUGGGAGGCCCUGAUAGAGAACAUCAAAUCCACCGAACAUAAAUAUAUAGAGGUUCUUGAUUCCAUGUUUCAGACGUCACAGUUCUGGACUAAGGUACUGAUGGAAGUAGUGGCAGUGAACAGCGCCAUCUAUGGGCUUGUUCUCUCUAUGGUUGUGUGUAUGGUUGCUGUGGCACUAUUUACGGGUCAUGUGUUACUACUGUUUAUUGUCUUCAUAUGCAUAUUGGAGAUGAUUUGCCUGGUGGUGGGGAUAUUUUACCUGGCUGGAUGGGAGAUGGGUGGAGUUGAAGCCAUCUCAUUGUCAAUACUGGUCGGUUCUUCUGUUGACUAUUGUGUACAUCUGGUGGAAGGAUACCUACUGGCAGGCAAGGCACUCCCCCAGGACCACAAACAGUCUGCUUCCUCUGCCCGACGCUGGAGAACAAAGGCAGCUAUAACACACAUUGGGGUGUCCAUCUUGUCAAGUGCACUAACCACUAUUGUGGCUGCUGUCCCCUUAACCCAGACGAUCAUCAAGCCUUUUUCCAAGUUUGGCCAGAUAGUAGCCAUCAACACCUCUGUGUCCAUUGUGUAUUCACUAACUGUCUGCUCAGCCUUCCUGGCAACCAUUGCCCCUGGUUACUUCAGUCCCACUUGGAAGUCAUACUUGAAAGCCCUUGCAGGGACAGUCAUCUUCUUAGGUGCGACUGUGCUGUCAUUAUAUACAGCUACAAAAGCUGGGGUGUUUAUCCCUGGCCCUAAUGGGGAGGCACUUUUCCCAAACUAA